AGCGGCGGGCGGGGCGGGGCGGGGCGACGCUUCCGGACACGCUGUUGCAUCAGCUCGCUGAGCGAGGGGAGGAGGCAGCAGGAUGGCAGCGGCCGCCGCCGAGCAGGCUUCCAGCUACAGUUUUAUUCUGAGCAUUAGUGAAGAGGAAGCCAGGGUGAAGGCUUUGAACGAGUACCUGAGCACUCGUAGUUAUAUCCAGGGGUUCACAUUUUCACAUGCAGAUGUGGAGGUAUUCAGAAAGUUUUCGGGGCCACCUGUGGACCAGUAUAUCCAUGUUGUCCGGUGGUACAGACACAUAGAAGCAAUCUAUGAUGGCAGCAGUGAAAAAAAUGAGCCUUGUAAACUUCAAACAAGUAAAGGCAAGCGUGUGCAGCCCCCCUGGUCUCCCCCUGAAGGGACAAAACAUUCUAGGCUCUGUCUCUACAACAGCCUGACUCGCAAUAAGGAAAUAUUUCAGCCUCAGAAUGGAAAAAAGGUCUUAUGGUAUUGCUGUGGUCCAACAGUUUAUGAUGCUUCUCACAUGGGACAUGCCAGGUCAUAUAUCUCAUUUGAUAUCCUGAGAAGAAUCUUGAGGGAUUAUUUUAAAUAUGACAUUUUUUAUUGUAUGAAUAUUACAGAUAUUGAUGAUAAGAUCAUCAAGAGAGCAAGACAAAAUUACCUUUUUGAACGGUAUAGAGAGAACAAAUCAGCACCAGAUCAGCUACUUGAAGAUGUUAAAACUGCCUCAGAGCUCUUUUCAGUUAAAUUAAGUGAGACAACAGACCCAGAUAAAAAGCAAAUGUUGGAAAGAAUUCAAAAUGCAGUGAAGUCUGCUUUUGACCCUCUACAAGAAGCUGUGCAAGCAAAACUCCCUGUAGAAGAGAUCAACAGAUGUCAUGAGAUACUGUUGGAAGAAGCCAAAGAUUUGCUUUCUGACUGGUUGGACACAAAAUUUGGCAGUCAGGUGACUGACAAUUCCAUAUUCUCAAAGCUCCCCAAAUUCUGGGAAGGGGAAUUUCAUAAAGAUAUGGAAGCACUCAAUGUUUUACCUCCAGAUGUUUUAACACGGGUUAGUGAAUAUGUGCCAGAAAUUGUAGAUUUUGUGAAAAAGAUUGUGGAUAAUGGUUAUGGGUAUGUUUCCAAUGGAUCUGUAUACUUCGAUACUAUGAAGUUUGAUUCCAGUGAAAAACACUCCUAUGCUAAGUUGGUUCCUGAAGCUGUAGGUGAUCAAAAAGCUCUUCAGGAGGGUGAAGGUGACCUGAGCAUUUCAGCUGAUCGCUUAAGUGAGAAGCAUUCUCCAAAUGAUUUUGCUUUGUGGAAAUCCUCCAAACCAGGGGAGCCCUCAUGGGACUCUCCAUGGGGAAAGGGUCGUCCAGGUUGGCACAUUGAAUGUUCUGCGAUGGCUGGAUCCAUUCUAGGAGAGUCGAUGGAUAUUCAUGGAGGAGGGUUUGACCUCCGAUUUCCCCACCAUGACAAUGAACUGGCACAGUCUGAGGCAUACUUUGAAAAUGAUCACUGGGUUCGGUAUUUUCUUCAUACUGGCCACUUAACAAUUGCUGGCUGUAAAAUGUCCAAAUCUUUGAAGAAUUUCAUUACCAUAAAAGAUGCACUGAAGAAACAUACAGCACGACAGUUACGGUUGGCUUUCCUCAUGCACUCCUGGAAGGAUACACUGGAUUAUUCAAAUAAUACCAUGGAGUCAGCUAUUCAGUAUGAGAAGUUUAUGAAUGAGUUCUUUUUAAAUGUGAAGGAUAUUCUUCGAGCUCCCACUGAUGUGACAGGCCAGUUUCAGAAAUGGGAAAAUCAGGAAGUGGAACUGAACAAAAAUUUUUACGACAAGAAGGCAGCAAUUCAUGAAGCACUGUGUGACAAUAUUGACACUCGCUCUGUCUUAGAAGAAAUGCGUUCGUUAGUCAGUCAGAGUAACUCCUAUAUUGCCGCAAAGAAAUCUUCCAGACAAAUGCCAAACAGACUUCUUUUAGAAAACAUCAGUUCCUAUCUCACUCAAAUGCUAAAGAUUUUUGGUGCCAUAGAAAGUGAUGAAGCAAUUGGUUUUCCUGUUGGAGGGAAUAGUCAAAACAUAAAUAUUGAAUCUACAGUGAUGCCAUACCUGCAAGUUCUUUCUGAGUUCAGAGAAGGAGUGCGACGAAUUGCCAGAGAGAGAAAAGUAACUGAAGUGCUGCAGUUGAGUGAUGCUCUUCGAGACGACAUCCUUCCUGAACUUGGUGUUCGAUUUGAAGAUCAUGAAGGACUUCCAACUGUGGUUAAAUUAGUGGAUAAGGACAUGUUAUUGAAAGAAAGAGAAGAAAAGAAAAAGGUUGAAGAAGAGAAAAAAAGGAAGAAAGAAGAAGGAGCCAGGAAAAAACAAGAGCAGGAAGCAGCAAAACUGGCAAAAAUGAAGAUUCCACCGCAUGAAAUGUUUAAAUCAGAGCAUGAAAAAUAUUCCAUGUUUGAUGAAAACGGAUUUCCCACCCAUGAUACAGAAGGCAAAGAACUCAGCAAAGGACAAAUUAAGAAGCUAAAGAAGCUUUAUGAAACUCAAGAGAAGCUAUACAAGGAGUAUCUACAAAUGGUUCAGAAUGGAAGUGCAAAUUGAAAACAACAGGACUUUUUUUUAGAAGGCGAGUGCUGGGUCACCAUUGAAGAAAUGAGCAUAUACCGAUGCUCCAAUUUCUGUUUACACUUUCUGUUACGUGCAAAGUAAAAAUCCUGUUUACGUGGAUGAAUAACGUCAUCUGGAAAGUCAAUAAAAAUCCAUUCUUUAAAAAA